AUGCCUCCCGACCCCAAGGAUGCGCCUUUUCCCAUGAAGCAGCUCAUCAUCAUCGGAAUAUGCCGAUUCUCCGAGCCUCUCGCCUUCAACUCCAUCCUGGCCUACUCGCCCGUCAUGGUCGAGGACCUGGGCAUCUCGCACCGCGACGCCUCCUUCUACGCCGGCCUGCUCGUCUCGGCCUACGCCAUUGCAGAGGCCAUGACGGCCCCCUUGUGGGGCAUGGUGUCUGAUGUCUAUGGCCGCAAGCCCGUCGCCCUCAUUGGCUUGCUGGGCGUCGCCCUCUCGAGCCUGGUCUUUGGCAUCGCCCCAACCUACUGGGUCGCCCUGCUUGCGCGCUUCGUCGGCGGCGCCUUGAACGGCAACGUCGCAAUCAUGCAGACCAUGGUGGCUGAAAUGGUCAAGAAUCCAGCCCACGAGCCCCGUGCAUACGCGACGCAGCCCUUCGUCUGGACCCUGGGCGGCAUCAUCGGCUCCGCCAUGGGUGGUUUUUUGGCCCAGCCCGCACGCCUGUACCCGCACGCCUUUGACAAGAACGGCCUCUUCGCACGCUAUCCCUAUCUCCUGCCCAAUCUCGUCGCCGCCAUCGGCAUCGUGCUGGCCAUCCUCCAGGGCAUGCUGUUUUUGGAAGAGACGCUGGUGCGCGACCAAAAGCCCGAGGCCGAGAAUGGCUUUGCCGACCACCACGACCACUUGGACACCAUCAACGAGACGCCUGUCAACGAGCGCAGCCGCCUCCUGCCCCCGCCCCCAAACCACCAGCACCAGCAUCGCGGCUCCACUGCCGGAUCCACGCGCCACCGCGCCUCCAUUGCCAGCUUUACCCGCGACCGCCUGGCUUCGAUAUCCGUCUCGGGCAGCAUCCGCCACAUUCGCAAGCGCGCCUCGUUCCUGGAAGAGGGUAUGCCCAUGCCCUUCGACCAGCGCUUCGACAUCCGCCGCUCGUCUUUCGGAACCAUGCAUUCAAUCAAGAUUCAACAGGACGUGCUCCCCGUGCGUGGCGGCCCGCCCCCGAAGCCCCGCAAGACAUUCAACAGAACCGUUGUCAUGGUGAUUCUCGCAAUGGCCAUUUUCGCUUUCCACCAAAUGGCCUUUAUUUCGAUUCUUCCCGUCUAUGUCCUCGACCCAGCCGUCUCCAAAGGCCUGGACCUCCAGGGUGGCCUGGGCAUGGACCUGCCCGACGUAGGAACCUUCCUUACCGUCAAUGGCUUCAUUACACUUUUUGUCCAGGGCUUCAUCUUCCCCAUCUUUGUCGAGUGGGCUGGCGUCUGGAACUCGUUCAUCUGGAUGAUUAUCCUGUACCCGAUUACCUACCUCAUUGUGCCAUGCAUCAGCGCCUUUCCGCCCAUGUUCGAGACUCCCGGCAUCUACUUUGUUCUCUUCCUGCAAGCCUUCUUUGGCAUCAUUGUUUUCCCCUGUGCUUUGAUUCUCAUGAAGAACGCCAUUCCGUCGCCUCUUGUCCUUGGCCGCGUCAACGGCAUCGCCAUGUCCGCAUGCUGUCUGGCCAGAACCAUUUCGUCCCCGAUGGUGGGGCUCAUCUACUCGCUGGGAGGGUCUGCUGCGGCCUGGUUCGGUCUUGCUGCCAUGGCCAUUAUCGGAGUGAUCCAGUUGAUCUGGGUACCCAAGGAGGAAAUCGGAGCCGUCCAAAUCGACAACGGCCUCAAAAAGGUCAUUCACGACGACGCGGACGAGGAUGCAGUCGACGACGUCUCCGUCAUUGAGUCUGUGCGAUAA